AUGGCUGAGAUCAGGUUAAAGAGAAACUAUUGGUUCUUUUUACAGACUUUAGCUUUGCUACAAUUAGGUUGUAGCAUUUGUGCUUUAUCAGAUGCAACUACACCAGACAACACUUUUUAUGAGGAGCCAGAUCUAGUUUGUGAAGAGCAGAAUUUAGAAUAUAAACACCCUCUAUUUCAAAGGGACUAUUCUGCUUUCAAGUUUACAGUUCAAGAUCAUAAAGGAGAACUGCAUCCUCUCAUCUCUAAUUCCUCCUGCGGACUAUGGGUUGCUCCUGACUCUGAAUCGCUGCUUGUAUAUGCCGAGUACGAUGGCUGCUACGUUACCCUGAAGGACAAAUACUAUUUAAUGACUAUGUUCAUAGAAUUGAAUUCAACUGGAGAAUGGGAAAAAUAUGAGACUGAAACUUUAAGGUGCCCAGUAUUUCAAGCAAUGGAUGCUCCCACGCAUAAUAUGUGCUCGGCUGUUCAUAUAGACAAUAGGUUUCCCUGUGCUAGUCCCAUUACCUCGCAGGAAUUCUGUAUUCAGCACGGUUGCUGCUAUGACCCAAGUGAUCCAAGCACUCCUUGCUAUUUCAGCAACAAAGUUACUGCCCAGUGCACUGCAGAUGGGGAAUUUUCAGUUGUGAUCUCCAAGGAUCUCACAUGGCCACCACUUAAUCUGAGCUCUCUUAGAUUUCCUUUUGGAAAUAGCAAUGAAUGCAGCCCAGUGAUGCAAAACACUGCAUUUCUCCAAUUCCAGUUUGCUUUGUCUGACUGUGGGACAACACGUAAGGAGGAUGGUGAAAAUGUGAUAUAUGAAAAUGAAAUAAUAGCCAGGAAAGAAGUCAAAACGUGGAAUGGGGCAUCAGUUACCAGAGACAGCACAUUCAGGAUGCAUAUUCGCUGUAGCUACACUGUCACUGGCUCUGUCCCUCUGAAAGUAGAGGUUGCCAUGCUGUCCCCACCACCUCCAGCUUCCAGCUACGGACCUCUGACUAUGGAAAUGAGAAUUGCCAAAGAUUCUCAGUACAAACAGUACUAUGGUCUUGACGAUUACCCUAUUGUAAAAGUUCUCAGUGAACCGGUAUUUGUAGAAGUUCGCAUUUUACAAAGAAGUGACCCAGCCUUGGCUCUAAUCCUGAACCAGUGUUGGUCAACCUCCUCUGAAGAUCUUUUGCAGAAACAAUGGCCACUCCUUAUAGAUGGGUGCCCAUUUUCUGGAGAUAGCUACAAAACCCAGGUGAUAUCUACUAAGGAAAUUGCCAGUGAGGACAUUCCCUCCUACUAUAAACGUUUCAUUGUAAGAACAUUCAGUUUUGUCUCUAUCUCCCCUCUAAGCUUGGAAGGUUUGAUAUACUUCCACUGCAGUGCUUCUGUGUGUGUUCCAUCCUCCCUAGAUUCCUGUGAAACAAAGUGCAGCUCAGUAAAAAAGAAAAGAACAGUUCAUCAUAAUCAGAAUUUAAGUUUAGAAGGUUCAAUAACAGCAGGACCCAUUAAAUUCCAUCUGGAUUAUGAAGAAAAGUCUCAUAUCCAGGAAGGUAGCCAUCAUGUCAGGUCUUCACAAGUGGAGUGGAUAUUUGCAGUUGGAGUAAUGUUAGCUGGAAGCAUUGCUGGAAUUCUGUUUGGAGCAAGGCAUUGUCUGCUUAAAGAAAAACAAUACAAUAAUGAACAUAUAAGAGUAUGA